CAACGGUCCAGCGCUAUUGUGUGCAAAACAUCGGCGAGUGCCCAUGCGGGUGGUGAUAUACAGUAGCUGUCCCAGCCGAACCACGAGCGGAAGGCAAGCGACAGGUCAAGCGCUCAAGGCAAAACCGAAAGCUAAAAUCCAUACCGUCGGAAGACGCAAGCUUCGUGACAGCACGCUCAGACCCCCACUUUACCGACACGGUCUGCUCCCAAUGGAGAGCUCUUCAGUGAUGGUGGGCUUUGGUGGGACUAGUAGCGCCGAGGGGGGCAUCAAGAAUGAUUCAGAUUCAGAUUUAGAUUCGGAAGAGGAAGAGGAAGAGGUGACCCGUGGUCCAUUGGGGUUGCAAUUACUCUAUUCCACCCCAGAGCCGCUUAUCGAUGUGAUAUUUUUCCAUGGGCUACGCGGUGGCUCCAUCAAGAAAUGGCAGAAGGGGAAUAAACAGUGUUCAUUUUGGCCAAAAUACUGGUUGCCGAUGGCGCCAGAUGUGCGGAAUAUCAACGUCCACAGCUUUUGAUACGACACGAAUUGGACGGGCAUGAAAACGAGCACCGUCAAUUUUCAAGAUCUUGGUCAGUCUCUACUGGAGCAGAUGAGGACCUCACCUUAUACCAAGGGAAGCGGGAGUCAGGCCCCAAUCAUACUCGUUGGCCACUCAAUCAGCGGCCAGGUGGUCAAGAAGGUAAUAUCAUCAAAUCGCUCGAAUAUUUCACAACCCUUAACCUCAACGGUUUUUACUG